AUGGAAAUUGAUGAAGAUUCACCAAAAAUAGUUAAAGAAGAAGAGAAGAAAACUGUGCCAGAUAGCGAAUCACCCACUCACAGCAUCUACGACCCUGCAAGGGUGGUUCGUCUUCAAUUAAAGACAGUGUCUAUGUUGGAAAACUCGAGGUAUAAGCCAGUGAAGUCAAUAAUAUACGGUGGAAUCAUCAUGUUGCUUAACAGAACACCCGAUCAGAGGGCCGAAAUGGUUGCGCAGGAUGUUGCCGGUGGAACCACCUUGGAUCCUGCUGCACCCGAGAAACAAGCACAUUCGUCUUUUGAAAUAGAUCUCAAGGAUAACUAG